UAGGGUGGGUGGGCGCACGCUGGGGAAAGGGGACCGCGCGACACUGCGGAUGCCGGGCUCGGUUCCCCAGACUAGCGUCGGUCAGCUCCGUCCCAGGUGCGGAGUAGGGCGCUACCUCUUUAAAAGCGUCCGGGGCCCAGCCUCCGCGCACCAUGUGAUUGCUGGAAAGGCCGGGGCUGCGGCGGAGCCGGAGGACGAUGAGCGGCGCUAAGGCUGCGCGGAGCCAGCCCUGCCCUGCGCGGCCCGCAGCUCCGGGCGGCACCAGGUGUCCCCAACUUUGGGCACCGCCUCUGGGACCCCCUGGUGGCCAACAGGCAGGCUAGUGCGCCGCUGACGCGCUCGCCUGCCAUGCCGCCCUCCGUCUCGGGCUUCCAGGCCGCCUACAUCAGCGUGGAGGUGCUCAUCGCCCUGGUCUCCGUGCCGGGGAACGUGCUGGUGAUCUGGGCGGUGAAGGUGAACCAGGCGCUGCGGGACGCCACCUUCUGCUUCAUCGCGUCGCUGGCCGUGGCCGACGUGGCCGUGGGGGCUCUGGUCAUCCCCCUCGCCAUCCUCAUCAACAUCGGGCCGCAGACCUACUUCCACACCUGCCUCAUGGUCGCCUGCCCCGUGCUCAUCCUCACUCAGAGCUCCAUCCUGGCCCUGCUGGCCAUCGCUGUGGACCGCUACCUGCGCGUCAAGAUCCCGCUCCGGUACAAGACGGUGGUGACGCCCCGCAGGGCGGCGGUGGCCAUCGCCGGCUGCUGGCUGCUCUCCUUCGUGGUGGGCCUGACGCCCAUGUUCGGCUGGAACAACCUGCGUGCGGUGCAGCGGGCCUGGGAGGCCAACGGCAGCGUGGGCGAGCCCGUGAUCAAGUGUGAGUUCGAGAAGGUCAUCAGCAUGGAGUACAUGGUCUACUUCAACUUCUUCGUCUGGGUGCUGCCCCCCCUGCUGCUCAUGGUCCUCAUCUACCUGGAGGUCUUCUACCUGAUCCGCCGGCAGCUCAGCAGGAAGGCGUCGGCCUCCGCCGGCGACCCGCAGAAGUACUACGGGAAGGAGCUGCGCAUCGCCAAGUCGCUGGCCCUCAUCCUGCUGCUCUUCGCCCUGAGCUGGCUGCCCCUGCACAUCCUGAACUGCAUCACCCUCUUCUGCCCCUCCUGCCGCAAGCCCAGCCUCCUCAUCUACAUCGCCAUCUUCCUCACACACGGCAACUCGGCCAUGAACCCCAUCGUCUACGCCUUCCGCAUCCAGAAGUUCCGGGUCACCUUCCUCAAGAUCUGGAACGACCAUUUCUGCGGCCAGCCGGCCCCCCCCAAGGACGAGGACCCCCCGGAGGAGAGGCCAGAUGACUAGACCCCGUCUGCCCGCCGCUGGAGCAUCUCAGAUCGGCCCUCGCCUGCCCACCAUCCCACUUGCCCCUCGAGCCUUCCCCGGCCUGGCUGUGGGGCGUGGGAGCCCUGCGUGCGCCUCUGGGUCUGGCGAGGGGGUUGGGGGGCAGUCCACGGGGAAGGAGCGGGUAACCUGAAGGAGGAGGAAGGUGGCUGUUGCCUCCCCACAUGCCUGCUCCCACCGGCAGCCCUGGCUUCAGACAGAGGCCUCGUGGGCGGGGCUGGGGGGCAGGGGCCCCAUCUUAGCAGUGGGGGCCCUGCAACCCUAGGACCAAGCUGCAGGAGGGGAGGGGUCCCCCGAAAGACGAGCAACGGGGAGGAGUGAGUGCCUCGCUCUCUCCCCCGUCUGCAGGAGAAAGUGGCCAGAGCCGCUGAGGGGCGGAAGUGAGGAUCUUGAGUCCCUGCCUCCCAGGGUGCCUGCCGUCCUUGCUUGGAGCAGCCCAGGCUCAUUCUUGGGAAGGAGGCGGAAACAGCAAGUCCAGAGAUCUCUUCCAGUAUCUGCUUUAUUCUGCACCAGCCUUUGGAGCAAGUGUGGAGUGUGUUGUGGGCCUCCCACGGCCACCAGGUGGCAGCACUGAGUGCCCAGCAGCAGCCCGGACUGUGGCUGCCUGUCCUCCGGGCCACCAGCCCGCAUAGGGGCCUGGACUCUCCUGACACCCACUGCUGCUGCUUCUGGGCCCGAUGGAGACCUGCCAAAUCGUGGGACCAUCGUGCCUGCCUGGUGAGGGGGCGCACAAGGGACGCGGCACAAGGGGACUGUGGAUCCCCUUGGGGUGAGGUACAGCAGGCUGGGGCAGCCCAGAGGGGCCGCCCUCCUAAGGGUGUGGGCAAGGAGGUGCUGCUGGCCUCUAAAUGCCCACGGCACCCCCUGUACUUGGCCUGGCUUUCAGGGCCCUUGGGGCUCUGCUGCAGGGUCUAGGGUUUUAGGGUGUCUGGGCAAGGGCACCCCCUACCAACCCCAAAGUCCCUUGUCCAGAGGGGUGGUGGGGGGUGGGACCCUGCGCGUGAACAGGGACUCCAGGCCCACCCUUCCUCAGAGGCAGGCUGUGCCCUGACUCCCGGGGAGGCCCCCUGACUGCGGGGGGGCCCAAAGACUGGGGGUCCACCCCAUGCGGGGCAGCUGACAGUCUCCGUGGCGGAGGGGAUGCAAAGUGAGGGCCCAGAAGUGGGGAGCAGGGUGACGCGGAGGCUCUCGGAGAAGGAAGGGCCAGAGAAAGGUGUGUCUGUUGUCACAAUUCUUACCCUGGGGCAGCAAACCCCAGGAAACCAGACCCCGAAAAAGCUCACGUUGGGAAACCCCCCUGAGAACUCUCCAGUCCCCUCCCACUGGACCUUCCUCAAGGGGUUGUGUGUGGAGACCCCCUCUGGUGACAGUUGCGCCCCCCCUCGCAGGGACACGGUGCCACCCCGCUGCGACGCCGGCCACUGUCCCAGAUCACUGCUGCAGAGACCCGGCGGUGACGCGCACACCUUUAUUCGAGUGCCUCUCGCCCAGCCUGCAGCUCUGGCCAACCGACCGUGGCCCUGGUGCCCGGGGAGCUGGUCCGGGCCCGCCAGGCCCCUCCUGGGUCCCGGGCUCCAGCCUCGGGGGAGGGAGGCUGGGCUGGUGCCAGGGAGCAGAGCCAUCAGCGGUCACUUUGGAAAUGGGGGUCUGGGGCGUCCGCGGAGCUUGAUUUUCGGCCUGGCGGCCCCGACCCCUCAAGCCCAGGGCACCUGGCAGAGGACACGCUUCGUGAGCUCUCGUGGGGGAAGCGGGCCCCUCUCUCCUUCCCGGGCCUGAGCUUCGCCCACUUCCUCUGUGUCCAGAGCCUCGCCUUGCAGGGGAGGCAGGGAAGGUUGUUGGCCCCACUUUCCUGACCAGACACAGGUCCAAGAGGACACCCUGGCCUCGGGUCACUCAGAACCAGGACCAGGCCGUGCAGCGAGUCACUGCCCCCCUGGCCUCCCCAGCAGGGCCCUGCCUGCCAGCUCCCCCGGGGCUGUGUCCCUGGGGCGCCCCAGCAGGUUACCUCUGUCCUCACCACAGCUGCCUCCAGCGCUGUUCAGUGUGUGGCUGCGGCUGGGAGAGACGCCAUGUGUAAGAGCUGGGCCAGAGUGAGGGGUCCUCUGGGGACCAGACUGGUGGCGGCAGAGCCAGACAGGCUCAUGGCCACAGUCCGGGGGACUCUCAGCCCCUCUGCCCACCCUGGGCUGCCUUCCCGACACCCAGGCCUCAGUGGUCUCACUACCCCUCAGCCUUGCCUUACCUCUCAAGGCUCAGCCUCCUCUAGCCCAGCAGGAGGGGAGGGGCCAUCUCCUGCUCACCCCCCCGACAGGUCCCCGAGGAGAGACCCUCCUCCAACCCUCACCUUUGACCUCCAGCCGGCAGUCCGCAGUUGCCUCCCCCAGCACAUUGAUGGCCUUGCAGGUGUAGACCCCGGAGUCAAAGGGGCUGGGCUUCCGGAUCUCCAGGGUGCAGACGCCUUGCUCGGAGAAGGCACGGUAUUUGGGGUCCCCCUGGAUGUUCAUGUUGUUUUUCAUCCAGAUGAUCUUGGGCUGGGGGGACAUGGUCACAGGCUGGGACAGGGCCAACAAGGCCGUCCCCAGGCCUUGGCGGAGAUGCCCCGCCAGAGUCCUCAGUCCACCUGCCCCGUCCCCCAGGGCCCCGCAGGGCCCCGCAGGGCCCCAGCCCUCACCUUGGGUGAAGCUCGGACACUGCAGGAGAGCUGGGUGCUGUAGCCAGGGGUGGUGGUGUGGUCGACCAGGGGCUGGGUGAACGAGGGGGCUUCUGAGAAGUCUCUUGCAACAAACCUUUUAAGUUUGGCAGCAGUAUCUGGGUUUGGGGAGAAAAUGGGGUGAAUCUGAGGCUACAGGAGGAGACCCUUCUCCUGAAACAGUCCGUCAGCUCCCAUCUAGGUGUCAUCUCCUGUGGGGCACAGCUGUCCAGGCGGUGCGCUGGUGGCCUGGAGGAAGGCCUCAGCCUCCGGGGAUCGCUGGGGAGCCAGGCACGGCCAGUGGGCGGGCACUUAGGACAGAAGGUCUCAAAGAGGCACAGGGCACCUGAGACCCGGGUGGGCCGGGGUCGGGAGCAGAGAGGGGGGUCGGGGAGCAAAGGCGGAGGUGAUCUUGGCUGAGGUGGAGACCAGCAGCCCAGAGACACUGCAUUUCAUUUCCGCUGUCUUUGGAGAUCUGACUGGCUUUCCUUUUUUAAAUAAAAAUUUCUUCCUAAUUCUGUGCGGCUCAGGCUGGUGUUAGAAAGGGUGUGCCUCCUGGAGCCGGCACAGACCCUGCGUGGGGGGGGCCCUGGGGCCCACAGAGUGAGGGUGAAGGGGCGUGGGACUUCACGUGUGACCGAGGGGCUGCGCCCCGUGUGCAGACAAUAAACACUGCGUCUCCCUGUC